UCCAUUGCCAAAACMCAAAACCAAAUAUGAAGUCUCCAAUUACCUCCUUAGCCUAUAUUUUUGUUGUCUUAUCCUUUGUAUGGGUAGCUUCUGCUUCCAACUAUGAAGAUUUUCUCCGUUGUCUUUCUUUUCAUUCUCCCAACAACUCUUCAAUUUCAAAGAUUGUUUACACUCCCAUCGAUAUUUCGUACUUUUCAAUUUUGAACUUCUCAAUCCAGAACCUAAGAUUUGCGACUGCCAAAACUCCAAAGCCCCAAGUAAUCGUGACGCCCUUGCAAGUUUCCCACAUUCAAGCAUCCAUCAUUUGUGCCAAAAGUAACGGCUUCCAGAUACGAACACGAAGUGGUGGUCAUGACUACGAGGGUCUUUCUUAUGUCUCYGAUAACGUUCCUUUCGUUGUUAUUGAUCUGACAAACCUUCGAUCGAUCGACGUGGAUGUGGAAAAAAACGUUGCAUGGGUGCAAUCUGGAGCCACCAUUGGUGAACUCUACUAUAGAAUUGCAGAGAAAAGCAAAACUUUAGGGUUCCCAGCUGGGCUUUGCUCGACAGUUGGUGUUGGCGGGCACUUCAGCGGCGGUGGCUAUGGUGUGAUGCUACGAAAAUUUGGCCUCGCUGCCGAUAACGUGAUUGAUGCUUACUUCAUUGAUGUCAAUGGUAAUCUCUUUGACCGAAAAUCAAUGGGGGAGGAUGUUUUUUGGGCCAUUAGAGGAGGAGGAGGAGCGAGCUUCGGAAUCAUUCUUGCAUGGAAAAUAAAGCUCCUCCCAGUUCCACCAGUGGUGACUGUUUUCACAAUCACAAGAAACUUGGAACAAAACGCCACCAAUCUAAUCCAUCAGUGGCAAUAUGUUGCUAGCAAACAAGAUGACAGACUUCUUAUCAGAGUCAUAUUAAACGGCAUGAUCAACUCAAGCAAUAAUCAAAACMAAAAAAAAACACUGGAAGCUUCUUUCAACUCCUUGUUCCUCGGACAAGUCGAUGAGCUUCUUCCCAUCAUGCAAAAGACUUUCCCUGAGUUAGGGCUAACGAAAGAAGAUUGUAUAGAAAUGAGUUGGAUUGAAGCUGUUCUCUAUUUUGCCGGCUUCCAAGGACAACCAUUAAAUGUCCUUCUCGAUAGGAGUUUGGCAUGGAAAGGCACCUUCAAAGGUAAAUCCGACUAUGUCAAUGAGCCAAUCCCCAAAGCUGGGAUCGAGGGUAUAUGGGAAUUAUUCAAUGAAGAAGAAGUUCAAUUUGCACAAAUGCUUCUUAUCCCUUACGGUGGAAAAAUGAGUGAGAUUUCUGAAUYAGAGAUCCCCUUUCCACAUAGAGUUGGAAAUCUUUAUAAGAUUCAUUAUGCUGUGUUAUUGGGAGAAGGCGAAGAUACUGCACAAAGACAAAUAAGUUGGAUCCGUAAGCUUUACAGUUACAUGACUCCUUUCGUUUCAAAGAAUCCAAGAGCUGCAUAUAUCAAUUACCGAGAUCUGGAUAUCGGAACAAACAACAAAGAUGGAAACACGAGUUAUGACAAAGCAAGCAUAUGGGGAAUGAAAUACUUCAAGAGUAAUUUUAAGAGGUUGGUGAGUGUAAAAACUAAGGUCGAUCCAUCUAAUUUCUUUAGGAAUGAGCAGAGCAUUCCUUCUCUUUCGCCGUGGUGGAAGAAGAGGGGACAUUAGAUGUCGUGAUUCAAAGAAAACCCCAAUUAAUACAGUGGAUGUAUACUGAUAUCAGAAUAAUGGGGUUUUCUAUACUUUGUUUAGUUUAUGCCUUAAUAUAUAUUGUAUUCUUUUGGCUCAUAUAUGGUCAAUUUGAAGCCAAAUAAUAUACGUACAAAUCCUUUUUGUAUUUUUGCAUUAAAUAAAUAUUUCCUAGUUUGCUUGUUA